CUUUAGUCUGGAGAGUUAUGCGAGAGAGGUACGAGCGUCGAGCUGUACGAGAGGACGGUCAAGAAGCUGGAAGCAGGAGAGGUCAUCAAGGGCAAGUUUGGUACUCGCGUACGGCGUCCGGCAUCGGGACACGACACCACCCAGCCACUCGAGCUGGGAAAAGAGCGUCCAGGCCGCCAAUUAUGUUAUUGAGUACGUAAACGCGCCACCUGAAAGCGAGAAUUUUGCCUCGGACUGAGUCUGACACUCGCAAGGAAAGGAAAAUGGCAUCAGCGAGCAGAUCAUUAAAGGUUCCCAGGACACUGUACGACACGUGCCUGAGCGCCUACAUAAUCGACCGCGCCAACAUGACCGAAGAAAAGACCCGAAAUCUACCCCUCAACGUCCAGUGCGACGUGUAUUUCAAGCUCCACGAGGAAAACGAGAUUUGCCAGCUGACGGCGCUCUUCUCCGAGCUGGCCAUCAUCGGCAGGCUCCUCAAGGCCCAAAACAAGCGCCUCCGGCUCAUCAAGAGCUUUCAGGCUGUGAUGUCGCACAACAAUCGAGUUGCGGAGCAGCUCAAGAAAGCGUUCAUCAACAUUUGCGAAAACGCCGUGUCCGUCAACACAGAAAACAUUGAACUUGGACUUCGAUUAGGAUCGUUUCUGAGCGAGGCAGGCUGGUUUUUCGAAAGCGAGGAAAUUCUGCGCUGGUGCAGCAUCCUUCUGGACUCGAUGAUCAGCAGAUAUCCCACAGAGGUUAAAUACGAGCGGCUUGAACUGGAAGUGCUGCACAAAUUGCUCCACGCACAAACUGUCUACUGCCUCUUUGAACAAGCCCAAAGCACGUAUUAUAAAGCGUCGAAUCUCGUCGAUUCUUUGAGGGCGAAACAGCAGGUGCUCAACCUGGCUGGUCUGUACGCCGAGUUCUCCGUUCUCUACUUCUUUAGGAGUCAGUACGAUGAGGCGUUCAAAUGGAGCAACGAGGCGUUGAAGGAGUUGAAGCCGAACCUUCCAGCCGGCGUGGUGAUCGACGUGCUGCGGCAGGCAUCCAAGGCGUGCGUCGUCAAACGCAAGUUCCAGAAGGCUGAGCUGCUGAUCAAGCAGGCGGUGACCAGGGCGGUCCAAGCCUACGACUUCUCACACCCGAAAUACGCUGACACGCUGCUCGACUACGGCUUUUACCUCCUCAACUACGACUCCAUCAGCCACAGCGUCACCGUUUACAAGGCUGCUCUCGACGUGCGGAAAGAAAUCUUUGGCGAGCUGAACCUUCAGGUGGCAGUGGCCAACGAAGACCUGGCCUACGCGCUUUACGUCCAUGAGUACAGCUCGGGCCGUUUCACCGACGCACAGUGCAAAGCCGAGAAGGCGAUCGAAACCAUGGCUAAAAUUUUGCCAGCGGACCAUUUGCUGCUGGCGUCGUCCAAGCGGGUGCUCGCCCUCAUCCUUGAGGAAGUCGCCAUCGACAUGAACGCAGGAAUGGUCUCCAACGAUGCUUGCAAAGCUAUGCUGGACAAAGCCGAGGAACUGCACAAAACUGCGUUGAGAUUAACAAUGGCGGCUUUCGGCGAGGAAAACGUGCAAACGGCCAAGCACUACGGCAACCUCGGCCGUCUCUACCAAAGCAUGAAGAAGUACAGAGAGGCUGAGGAAAUGCACCUGAAGGCAAUAACAAUCAAGGAAAAGCUGCUGGGCGAGGAGGACUACGAGGUGGCGUUGUCGCUCGGCCACUUAGCCAGCCUCUACAACUACCACAUGAAUCAUUACAGGCAGGCUGAAAGACUGUACCUGAGAUCCAUAAACAUAGGCCACAAGCUGUUUGGGCCGGGCUAUUCAGGCCUGGAGUACGACUACCGAGGGCUGCUGCACGUGUACAACGAGAUGGAGGACGCGCAGAAGGUGGCCGACUACCAUGACAAGAUUCGGCGGUGGCGUGCGUUGCGCGAGGCGCAGAACCGCUCAGACCGACCGGUGCUGCUCAACCUCGAGCCCCUCAUCUCCAUCGAGGAGAUCUUGGGCAAGUUCAAGCUCUUCAAGUGAACAGCGCAGUGUAUAUCGUUAAAGUAAAGAAAACAUACAGACUUGGUAAUUAUUAUUAAUCACUCGAGUGCAGAUUCAGCCAUUUAGCAAGAAGAAGAGUAUUAAGCACGGUCAUUAUCACUCGCACGCGUCUUAUUAGCUGCCCCCAACUGACACCGGACGCCCCUCCGCCCCCUCCCCCCACCCCCUCGAGAACUGACCCGUUGUUUAUUUUGUAAUGCUGAGAAGUCUGAAUAAUUGAAUGUUUUCAUCUGAAACACAUCGUACCCCCUUCUCAAGGUGGAGGAAAGCCUCUAGCACUUAUAAUUUGCACAUUUUGUCCAGCAGAGGCGCCACAAUCGGGGUUCUGAUUGUGAGUUUUAUCAAUACUGCAUUAACCGGGUUAAACCAUAUGGUAAAACCUGGGUUUUAGCUUAUUUAGGAUUAAACCUUACAAAAUUUUAAAAAGUUAUAAUGGUGAAACUGUAUUGUGAAAGAGACGAAACCAAAAAUCAAAGUUUACUUGGGCUUUCCGGAACCCUGGCCACAAUUGCAAAAGCCGCUGACAGAUGGCGCCACCUUUCAGAUCAUUUUCAGUUCAAAUUUUUGGCGAUAAAAAAGCGCUCUCAAAGUAAAAUUGUGAUUCUUCCCGCUAUGUUAUGUUGAUUAAAUGGAUUGUGUUCUAUUAAUAUCGCCGAGAAUGCAUCGCUUAAUGAUCAAUGGUGGUGCCAUCUGCGCAAAAAUGGCCGCCAGGGGAAUCUGGCGCGAAAAUUUGAACCUGUCUGACUUCUCCAAAUGUAUUUCCGUCGCCAUUUCAGUGAUUUUCCGAGUCCCUCUCCUUGCCCGCGCAUUUGAAUUAUAAUAAUCUAGUCCGUUUUUGGUGAGAAUGUCAAAAGCCAUGCAUUAUUAAAGGAAGCGGUUUGGGGGGCGUGGUCCAGGAAGCAAACUCUCUAGUAUGUUAUCGUGCACGCACGUCGUUAUUAUUUCAUAGCUCUGAUUUUCCAUGGUAUUUUUUGUAUUCUCAACUCGGAUGUGAUGAGGAAUGUGCUUUUAUUUUGAUAUUAACUUUAUUACACUUAUUCUGAUCUGGUUUAAUGCCUCUUGCUACGGUGUUCCUUUUUGUAUUUGGACGUUUGUCUGGAUUAUUUAGUGUCUGAAACCUGUUAGAAAUCCUAAAUGUAUUUAUUUUCAUUGCCAAUUUUUCCACUUUGAUGAAAAUAACAGUCUCAAACUGCCGUUGCCUUUGAACACUGAUGAUCCAAUCAAACGUCCGGUUUAUUUAAUUGAUUUUUGUGAAGUAAGAAUUCGAUCUGGAAAUGAGUGGUUAUCCAUUCACUAAUCAUUUUAUUGCCCCGAAGUAUCGCACAAAUUUUUGGUGUAGGUUUUGUCACGAAACACAAAAACUGCGUUUUUUUUUCAUUUCUGCUCGUCGCCUGCUUGGAAAUGGCGGCAAUUAAUUUUGUACUCGAUCGCACAGACAUGAAAAAAGACGAGCUAACUCAGUGUUGCAACAAAGCCGCAAGCGUUUUUCUUUUAAUUUCAACCAGUUUCUUGCAAACAAUUUUUCAAAUUUGUAUUUCCCAAUUUUCUUGAAAACUGGUCAGAGAUAAACUAAUGGAGAAAUUGAGGCAGCAAAUUUAAUGGCAAUUUAGGAUAUUUUAGGUUAGAGUUGGGAAUAAAUUCAUUUCUUGCGCAAGAAAUUGGUAAAAAUUGACCGGUAAAAAGCAGGUUGCAACCCUGAGAAAACUCGAGUAUUUUACUGUUUCUCACUUCUGUAUAUAUCGAGGUGUACAUUAAUGUGAAUAAUUAUAAUAUGUUUCGUUAGGAAUAAAACAAGGACGACACAAAACAGAGGAUUUAAAAUUCA